AUGGCCAUGUUCUGUGUUCGGCAGUCGGUAGGCAGUGCUUCAUGUUGCUUUUGGUUGCUUCUGACCUAUGUCAGUGUGACGCCGGGGAACCCCUAUUUGGUGACGGUGAUGCCUUUGCUGGUCAACAUGGCCAGCGCCUGUGGUCCUGCGCAAGAAGCCGCGGAGCCCAAACACAUCAUUACCCAGGAUUCCUGGCGCCUGGUGAAGGUAGAGCCUGAGGUGCAGGACAUUGCGGACCACUUUGGUCUAGAUGAGCGUAUCACAGGCAAACUGCAAGAGGCUCUCAAUACCCGUCCAGAUCCUGGGACAGAUCUGCAGGUUAUGUGGGAAAUCCUGGAUGAAGCCAGAAACCCGCCUGGCCUCACCAUGAUCAAGGUGUUUGCGACUCUGAACUCGUUCAAAAGCAUCUUUUCUGCUGCGGCGUGGGAGGUGAAAGAGAUGCUCGAUGGCACGUUCCGUGCUGGCGAGCAGAAGGAUGCCUGUCGCUCAGUGGUGCUGUAUGUGAGCGACGUCCAGAACAUGCGGUUCUUUGCUCGUAGAGCCGUGCCGACGCGGCCUGACAGAAGAAUGCCGGUUGCAGAGCGCCAUGCGGAAUGCCCCCUGUCUUUCAAGCCGCUCUACAAAGGUCCUGCAGUCUUCGUAGACAACGCCGGCAAGCGAGUCGGGCAGGACUUCUAUAGCUUGGAUGCUGCACAAGCAUUCCUCAAACGCCAUGGUGCUGGUGCAAGAUGUCCUGCGACGAACUUGCCAGUAGCCAAAGUGCAAGAGGUACCAAGUAUCACGAAGGACCCGAAAGCUUGGUUUCGCCUUUGUGAUGUGGAUGGUGACCGCAAGCUCAGCCGUGAUGAGGUCGUCUCAGCACUUAAAGCGCAACUGCCCUUGGACAACAAAGCGAUUGACAGAUUCCGGACUGAUGAUGCUGCCUGGCGUUCGUGGGAUGCCGACCAGAGUGGUUACCUUGAAUACAUUGAGAUCAUGGAUGAGGACAAAGGACUGCUCAAGUUUGUGCGCGAUUCAUUCGCCAGGGCCGCCGUGGAGGCUCCAAUCCCGGACUUGCGCAGAGACCGUGACGGCUGGUACAGGUACUGGGAUGAAGAUGGAAGCGGGGAGCUUGAGUUCGAGGAGGUCGUGCGCGCUUUUGCCAAGACCUUCCUCAUUGAUGUGGAGGGCAUAUCGCAGCUGCGAGAGAGUCUUGGUGCCGUAUGGCCCAUCUUCGAUACCGACAACUCUGGCGCCGUGGAUCGCCAAGAAUUCUUGGCUCCACGUGAUGGCUUAGCAGACACUGUUCUGGCCACCAUGCGCUACCAGUGCAAGCCGGCCAUGAAACGGCAUGCUAGUUCGCACUCUGGUUGGAGGCUUCUUGCGCCCGCCCUUUUUUCGGUAUUCUCGCGGAGCACGAUCGCUAGCAUCUUGUCGACAGUGAGACCUGGGCCGGCUCGGGUGGUACAAGCUGCAGAAGUCGAGGCUUUCCAGUGCAGAGGCCACGCAGCACUGCGUGGCCUGCUCCUGCCGAAGGGGGUGAUGCGGCUCAGAAGGCACAGUGCAAAAGGGAAGAAGGCAGGGGAGGUUGCCGCGAAGCAGCGCGCCCUUCGGACAGCCAUGCAGCUUAAGGUUUUGCAUUUCUAUGGCGACACCCUCUUCGCUGUCUUGCGAAGCAGCAACGGAACAAGCUUGCACAUAGAUGUGGACCAUGAAGGGUCUCCUCGACAUGGCAGCCACCUGCAGAAUGCUGAGUCCACAGACACAAGUGUCACAAGGCUCAGUACGCAUGGCCCCUUGGAGCUGGGUGAUGUAACAGUUCAUCAUGGCAAUACUUUACAUGCUGCCCCCUCCCUCAAUGGCCAGGCCGAAGAGCGGUGGGCUUGGGCAGUGUCCUUCUUCGCCCAUGGUGCUACGGUGAAGCACCUUCCAGCCGAUGAAGAGAGCGAGUCCCACCGAGACUGGGCGGCCUCCUUGCCGCAAGGUGCUCUGGCCAAUCAUGACUUGCUGCCGCUCUUUCGUGUGCCAAUGCAAACUACAGCUAGUGAAGUGAUUCCGACUGUGAAGGAAACCGCUGGGACACAGUGGUGGCUGCAAUUUUUAACUGGUGUCUUGCACGCAGACACAGGUCGGCCUUGCGAGGCAGCACAAUGCUUGCAGAACUUGUUCAGCAACGGCAACUGCAACAAUUCUUUGGAUUUGACCGUCGCAAGCACCGUUUGGGUGUGCUCCUUCAUGAUACGUGUUCCGCCAGUGGAAAUGGCUGAACUCCUGACUGAUUUGGGGCUUUGGCUGCGAGACUCUGGUGAUGUGGUCCACGCGGAGCAAAGGUUCCGCCAGGUGAUGUGUAGAGAGGAGAUCUUCGGCCCAAUGCACCGAGACUCGUUGUUUUCCGCAUACUUAGCCGAUGCUCUGGAAGGGCUUGGGCGGGUAGUGGAAGCGGAGAAGUUGUUCGACAGAGAGGUCGCUUGGUGCCGGAGAUAUCUGGGAGACAGCCAUCCCGAGACGCAGGUGAGCAUCAGGAACUUGGACGUGUUCAAGAGGAAGUGGACCUCUAGCCAAGAGUCACUUGAGGCUACUGAUGAGGCUGGAGUGCAGUCCCUGGCCGAAAAGUUCAAGCUUGACGAGCGUGCUGCGUACAAGUUGAGUGAGGUCCUGUCUACGAAGCCGAACAAGAAGGAUGUCCUGAGAGCGCUUGACAUUCACUUGGCAGCCUCCAACAAUCCGUCUGCGCUUGUGAUGCUGAAGCUUGCGGACCUGCGCAAAGACGUUCCAUUGGGCGAGGUUCCUUAUGGUACGAAGGGAUACCGCGAUCGCCCGUACCUGGGCAACUACGACCGCGACGGUCGGCGAAUAGGAAGAGCAGAAGAUCCUGCUGUUAAGGCUCGUCGCCUCACUUUCUUCAUGCGACCUUGA